GCUGAAGCACUUUCGCAUUCCUAAUCCAUUGCUUUCUGUCCGUGCUCGGUGCUGUCUUUGUGCCCUAUGCGCUGAGUCUACUGGGUGCCUUCUUGUCCGCUUUUUCGUCUCCUCUCUCUCUCUCUCUCCACUCUCCUCUCUUCUUCCUGCUACGCGAUAGAUAGCCACAUCCACAUUUCCACCAUGGACGUUCCUGAGCCUGAGCAGACGCCUUUCACGGCCGUGACGGCGCAAACCUCGAAGCUGGCUAGGCAAUACCAAACCUACCUCGACGCCUCCACCCCAUUCACAGCCUACCGCUGGACCGGCACCGUCGUCCUACUCCUCAUCUUCUUCCUGAGAAUCGUCCUCGCCCAGGGAUGGUACAUCGUGGCCUACACCCUCGGCAUCUACCUGCUCAACCUCUUCCUCCUCUUCCUGCAACCCAAGUUCGACCCGUCCCUGACGCAGGAUGAGGGUCUGGAAGACGGCGACGCCGCCGCACCCAGCCUGCCCAUGAAGCAAGACGACGAGUUCCGUCCUUUCAUCCGCCGUCUCCCCGAAUUCAAGUUCUGGCACUCGGCCACUCGCGCCAUUGCUAUCGGCUUCGUGUGCUCGUGGUUCGCCGUCUUUGAUAUCCCGGUGUUCUGGCCUGUCUUGGUGGUUUACUGGAUUAUUCUGUUUGUGUUGACCAUGCGCCGCCAGAUCCAGCACAUGAUCAAGUACCGCUAUGUGCCGUUCUCGUUCGGUAAGACGCGGUACGGUCGGUCAUAAAAGCGACACGAACACAAAAAGAAAAAUAGAUAUAUCUUUUCGUCUGCCUGGAUAAAUGAGUCACGGCAGAUUGCAAUGAGAUGUGAUGAGACGAGACGAUGAUGUGGUGUGAUUUGAUGAUGAAGUUCGUCAUGUCAU